UUAAGAGAUAUGGCUUUUGAGUACUGUGGUAGAAUAGCAUUUCAUUUGUGCUAUAUGUGGCUUCUGCUCUCUUCCAUGAUGCUCAGAAAUGUAGAUGGGAAUGGAUGGAAGAAGCAACUCCCAAAGCCAUGUACGAAUUUGGUGUUGUACUUUCAUGAUAUAAUCUACAAUGGCAAAAAUGCUAAGAAUGCAACUUCUGCGAUCGUUGCAGCCCCUCAGUGGGGCAAUCUUACUUCUUUUUCCGAUCCUUUCAAUUUUGGAGAUGUGGUUGUGUUUGACGAUCCUAUCACUCUUGACAAUAAUCUUCACUCUCCUCCAGUGGGUAGAGCUCAGGGGUUUUAUAUCUAUGACAUGAAGAAUACUUUCAGUGCCUGGCUUGGGUUCACAUUUGUGCUGAACUCGACAGAUUAUAAGGGCACCAUUACUUUCAAUGGAGCAGACCCCAUUUUGGUUAAGUACAGAGAUAUUUCUGUUGUUGGUGGAACGGGUGAUUUCUUAAUGGCCAGAGGAAUUGCAACUAUUGACACGGAUGCCUACGAGGGAGACGUUUAUUUCCGCGUCAGGGUUAACAUCACACUCUAUGAGUGUUACUGAUA